CGGACAGGUACACGAUGGUCUCCGUAUCUUCUACCUCUGUUUGAAAUCUGUGUACCGAAACUAUUCAUGUGAUUUAUUUUAUUUUGAUUCAGUCGGCAGCAGCGUCGUGAUCCGGUCAUGUAACGCUAACCACACUGACUCCCCUCCAAACAGCAAAAGCAUCCAAUAUGUUUCGUCUCUGACAUUUAAUAUUAUUACAUUAAAACCCAUUUCUGUUGGUAUUGAUUCAUCGUACUAUAUAGUGGCAUAUGGGAGGCUGUAGACCCAUCAAAUGUGAGGGAAACAUGAAGCUCUUCAGAAGUAGGUGAGCUACACGUUGACGUCAGACGUUUGUCACAGGCUCACUAAUAAGAAAAUACCAGAAUAUUCCUAAAAUAUACAGAAAUAAACCUUAAGUAUAUUUAGUCUUUAGAUAGAAGAUAGGAUUUGAUUUUCUAUACGUUUCUGUUUAUUUUUUCAGUUCUUUGAUUUAGAAUAACCUUAAAACAUACACGCAUAUAUAAUUAUUUUUAAAUUAAUUCAAAACAUCUACACUUUAUGUACAAAUUGUCACCCUUUCAACCCUCUGCUAUUUUAUUUCCCUGCCUGUAUGUUGCUGCCAAUAGGCAGUGGAAGAAGUAUUUACUUUAAGUAAAUCUUUGUGUUCUUUACUUACUUACUUUUAUUUACUAAAGUAAAAGUAGCAAUACUACACCAUUAAAAAGACGUUGUGAGCAAAAGCCCAAAAUUUAAAAUAUGACUCACGUGAAAAUACAUAAAUGUACAUAAAAUAUUAAAAGUACUCCUGUCAUUGUGAUGUUAUAAUAUUGGAUCUAAAUUUGAUUUGAAUUACUUUUUUUUUAAUUAAAAUGCACUAUAGGUAAAAUCUAGAAUGAAGGACUUGUAGUGGAAUAUUUUGUAAUGAGGUAUUUUGCUGCUUUGUACACAAGUAUAAGACUUCGAUACUUCUGUUUCUCCAUACUGUAAUUCUACUGUUACUCUCGUGUGAACAUGUGACUUCUAUCUGUCCUGGAGGAGGGACCCUUCUCUGUUGCUCUUCCUGGCUUUUUGGCCUUAUUGGCCCGUUUAAGAGCCCUAAGAACAGAUGGUGUUGUACAUUAUAUAGAUUGUACAACCAUGUGAGGAAAAUAGGGCGUAUAAAUAAAUUAACUUAUUUUGCCUGACUAGAAAACAAAAGAAAUAGCAACAAUUCAAUCAAACUAAGAAAAUCCUUCCUUUAGGACUCCUAAAGGCAAAGCUGGUUAGGGCUGAAACGAUUAGUCAAUUCAUUGAUUAGUCCUAAUAUCACGAUGUUCUGCUUUUUUCUGCUUUAUGUCAUUGUACACUGAAUAUUUUGGAGUUUUGAACUGUUGGUCAGACAAAACAAGAAACAUCUGAAUACUUCAUACGUCCUGUUACAAUACGACUAGUUUGGGCUCAUCGACACCUGAUGAGUUAACUAAGAGGAAGGAUGAGCAGAAGACGGCCGUCCCGUCCUGGUUUUGCUUACCUGUGUCUCUAUUAAUACCAGCCGAGCAGCACGUUGCUGCCAGUGUUGCAGUGAGCCUCUUGGUGUCUGUCACACACACACACACACACACACAGAAAGGAGGUCACAUUGACAGCAGCACUGAGAGAUUUUUCCGAUGAUUGUUCAGUCUCCAUAGAUGCAGACUGUGACUGGACACAGUGAAAGCAGACUACAAACAAACCAAACUAAACUCCUUUUUGACUUUUGGUCAGUGUUCCUCUGUUGAGUUGCCGCUGUGACAGGCGAGCUGGAGGGUAGCAGGUUGUUGUCAAAAGCAGACAUGACUCUGCUCGACUGCGCAGGAGCCAGAAUCUCUGGCUGUUGGUCCUUGAGGUCUGACUGCAGUGGGAGCGGGGAGGACUCGUUGGACCGGCUCCUGCCCCCCGCCGGGGCCCCGCGCAAGAAGAGCACUACCUCACUGAGUAAAACCGAGCCUCCUCUGCUCCGCACGGGCACACGCACCAUCUACACCGCCGGCCGACCUCCCUGGUAUGACGAGCACGGAGCGCAGUCAAAAGAGGCCUUUGUCAUCGGGUUGUGUGGGGGCAGCGCCUCAGGGAAGACCACCGUGGCCAAUAAGAUCAUUGAGGCUCUGGAUGUGCCGUGGGUUGUGCUGUUGUCUAUGGAUUCUUUCUACAAGGUUUUAUCCUCGGAGGAGCAGACUUUGGCAGCAAGUAACGAUUACAACUUUGAUCAUCCGGGGGCAUUCGACUUUCACCUGCUGGUUGCCACCCUGCGAAAGCUGAAGCUGGGCAAGAGUGUGAAGAUCCCGGUGUAUGAUUUCACCACACACGGAAGACAGAAAGACUGGAAAAAUAUCUACGGUGCCAGUGUAAUAAUAUUUGAAGGAAUUAUGUCUUUUGCGGACAAAGAGCUUCUUCAGCUCCUGGAUAUGAAAAUCUUCGUGGACACUGAUUCAGACAUUCGGCUGGUCCGCCGGCUGCGCAGGGACAUCACAGAGCGCGGGCGGGACAUUGAAGGCGUCAUCAAGCAAUACAACAAGUUUGUGAAGCCGGCCUUUGAACAGUACAUUGAGCCGACCAUGAGGCUGGCUGAUAUUGUCGUGCCGAGAGGUGGUGGGAACAUGGUGGCCAUUGAUCUGAUAGUCCAGCAUGUUCACAGCCAGCUGGAGGAGCGUGAGCUCAGUGUCAGGGCGCUCCUGGCCUCCGCUCAGCAGACUCAGCCGCUGCCCCAGACGCUCAGCGUGUUGGAGAGUACGCCGCAGGUCAAAGGCCUGCACACCAUCAUCAGGAAUAAAGGAACCAGUCGAGAUGAGUUUAUCUUCUACUCAAAGAGAUUAAUGCGACUUCUCAUAGAACAUGCAUUGACGUUUCUACCGUCUCAGUCGUGUGUAGUCCAGACUCCACAGGGCCAUGAGUACGAAGGCCGCAGCUAUAAGGGGAAAGGGAUCACCGGUGUGUCCGUCCUGCGGGCGGGAGAGACCAUGGAGCCCGCCCUGAGGGCCGUGUGCAAGGACGUCCGCAUCGGCAAGAUCCUCAUCCAGACCAACCUUGACUCAGGCGAACCAGAGCUGCAUUACCUGCGUCUGCCCAAAGACAUCAGCGAGGAUCAUGUCAUCCUAAUGGACAGCACCGUCUCCACCGGCGCUGCCGCCAUGAUGGCCGUACGAGUCCUAUUGGAUCACGAGGUGCAGGAGGAAAAGAUCGCGUUGGUGUCUCUGUUGAUGGCAGAGCUCGGGGUGCACUCUGUGGCCUACGCCUUCCCGAAGGUCAAAAUCAUCACUACCGCUGUGGACAAGAGUCUGGACGAUUUGUUACAUGUGAUUCCUGGUAUCGGGGACUUUGGGGACCGGUACUUUGGGACAGACACGUCCGACAGCUGGAGUGAUGAGGACCAGGAGCAGCCGUCGUACUGACACACACAUCUGUGAGCCACUGUGAAAGGAAAUACAAACACUACUUGAAAACUCCCAUUAUCGUGCUUCCUCUCCUUCAGACAUAUAACCAGAAAAAAAAAAAAACAAUUGUUAAAUUCAACUUUUGUACUCUUAUACAACAGGUGAGUCUCGGUCAACUUGUAUGUCAGAGUGAAAGAAGGAUAUUUUGCUCUAUUUACAACUGAGUGUUCAUAAUUUUCAUACAGAAGGUGAACGGUGCCAUUACCUUUGAGCUACAAUAAUACAAUAACAGUGUUAGAUAUACUACACGGUUUAAUCCAGGAUUGCACCAGCUGUUUGUGAAUCCUGUACUUAGUAACUCUGAGAAAGUUUCAAAUUAGUCAUUUAAUAAAUUGGGUUGCACCAUCAAAACUGAACUUGUAAUGUGUGAGUCGGCUGCUGGCAAACAUGUAAAAAUGUCCAAUCAACUGUGUAAACAUGGAGUCCCCCAACUGACAUUAUGAGCGGAAUACUGUUAUUUAUAAGAAAUGUAAUUUUAAAUCAUUAUUAAACAGCAGGUCAGAAUUCAGAAGUGUCGACCAAAACCUACUAAAUCUAAACGGCUCCUGUUAACAAGCUAACGUUAGUUUUGUCAGUUGGUACGGUUGGCUUUGCUUCAGUUUCCACCUGCCAGUCAUGUAGAAACUAAUACAUGAGAACUAGUUCAUAUGGUGCAACCCAUUUUAUUUUAAUGAUUCAUUAAUCUUCAAAACACCCUAACGGCUUCCUUGCUCUUUUUGUAAAACACAAGUAAAAUGUUAAUGUUAUUGUUUACAGAAAGAUGAAAUAACAUCAAUAUACACGAACAUAACUCGUAGUUAUUUUUUGCUGAUUUGGUUCAUAUUGUACAAAUCGAGCAAGAAGAUAAGUAAUUUCCAGGCACCAUCUUUUUUUGGAUCAGUUAAAAGCAACACACCUUCAGAAACGAGUUACAAAUCUUUUUGAUCAUGCAACAAAUGGAAUAUUUUUUCAUCCAGAUGCCUUUGAGGUCUCUGGAAACACCUUGAGAACAGUGUCAAGUGUUGUUGAACGGCCAGGUUUAACUCCGCGUCUCGAAUGUUAAUUCGUGAGGCACAAACUGCGGCUAAUUAUAUCUUGGCUCAGAUUGAAAUUAUUCACAGCUGGUGGAAUCGCUCAAGAAUAUGUUCUGGUAUAAAUAAGUUCAUACUUAAUGCUGCUCUAAUAAAACAAUUUUAUAUAUAUUAUGUGAUAAAAACACACCUAGAUAAGAGUAGUUGUCAGAAAUGUUAUAUUGAACAUGUACCACAAUACCAAAUCAUGUAGCUUUACACAUCACACAGAUAAAACCUUAAAUUCAGAGUAGAAGAAAACAUCUUGGAGAUUUAGUUCAGUUCUCACUGCCACUUUCUAUAUCUACUGCACAUUAUUUUUUCAUUAUGUUUCUGAACUGAUCCACCAGCUGUGGAUCAGAUUAUCAGAGCGAGGUCAGGUAGGGUCACAUGCUCCUCUCUUGAAUAUGAUCCUCGGUCCUCCGACUCUCAGGGUUCAGAGACAGGCCGCCCGGCUCCCCCUGUGAUGCACUUUACAGCCUGAGGGGGUCAGUGUAGCUCACAUUUAGCUUCUCUCAGUGUGAUUUAUAUCUUUUUCCUUUGAGAAAACACUGUGUCAAUACACUACAGAAGGAUGCAUUCAGGCUAACCUGAAUCACUUCACUUUAUUACAUGUUGAAAUGUGUUGGUAUCUGGUGUCAUGAAUGGCAGUUUUGCAGUCACAGAAACAUUGUGUUCAUGAUUUCACUGAUCGAUAUGGUGCAGAAUACAUUGUGUUAAAGCUCAGUUACAGACAUGUAAGAUAAUGAUAUUCACAUGUUUUCAGGGUUACAAAAGGAGCAAUAAGAACCUCGA